CAGUCUCCGCCCGCCGAUCCGGCCUCUCCGGCCGUUGCGCACUCCACCCACUCCCUCCGCGCCCGCGCGCGCCUUCCCCGCCCCGUCCGCCUCACUCCUUUCGGGGCGGUUGGGCCGCGCGCCUGUGGGGGCGGGGCCCGGAGCAGGCGACCGAGCCAAUGGGGCGCGGCGGCGGCGGCGGCGGUGGUGGCGGCGGCGGCGGCGGCGGCGGUGGCGGCGGCGGCGGCGGCGGCGGUGGCGGCGGUGGCGGCUGGGUCGGGCCCCGACGGGCGGCGGCGGCUGAGGUGGAGGCGGAGGGAGGCGGCGGCGGCGGCGGCGGCGGGAAGAUGGCGGCGCCCGUCCUGCUAAGAGUGUCGGUGCCGCGGUGGGAGCGGGUGGCCCGGUAUGCAGUGUGCGCUGCCGGAAUCCUGCUCUCCAUCUACGCCUACCACGUGGAGCGGGAGAAGGAGCGGGACCCCGAGCACCGGGCCCUCUGCGACCUGGGGCCCUGGGUGAAGUGCUCCGCCGCCCUUGCCUCCAGAUGGGGUCGAGGAUUUGGUCUUUUGGGUUCCAUUUUUGGAAAGGAUGGUGUAUUAAACCAGCGAAACAGUGUCUUUGGACUUAUAUUUUAUAUACUACAGUUAUUACUUGGCAUGACAGCAAGCGCUGUGGCGGCUUUGAUCCUCAUGACGUCCUCCAUCAUGUCGGUCGUGGGGUCCCUGUACCUGGCCUACAUUCUGUACUUUGUGCUGAAGGAGUUCUGCAUCAUCUGCAUCGUCACGUACAUGCUGAACUUCCUUCUUCUCAUUAUCAACUACAAACGAUUAGUUUACUUGAACGAGGCCUGGAAGCGGCAGCUGCAACCCAAGCAGGACUGACGCCCGACAGACUCCACCCUAACAGUCUCAAGCCCCUUCCCAUUCAGUUUAUUUUGCAGCAGGUUUUUAUUAUUAUUAUUAUUAUUAUUAUUCACAACAGACACUUUCCCUAAGAAUCUCAAACUGAUUUUUAAAAAUCCGGUAAAUUAGAAGGGGCCCUCGCUAUUUUCUGUGUCAGUCUUCAUUUUAAAUAUGGAUACAAAAAGGAUACACCGAGCCAAUCAAAGACAAGCUUUAACUUUACUUUGAAGUGUUUCUGAAAUGAUAAAAUGUAGCCCUAGCCCCCUGCCCUCAAUUGUAAAGUGAGCAACCACUGCUAGUAAUUCUUUAAUGUGUAUAAAUUCAAUUUCAGGUAUAACAAAUGUGAUCAUGACAUGAAAAUAUUCUAGAAUAGAUACUGUAUUAAAUAUUGCCAUGUUUACAAUAUGUAAUAUGUUUUUAGCCGAUGGAUUUAAACAUGUAGAUUCAACUAGAAUCCAUUUGUGAUAUUUGUAAAUAAAGGUAGAAAUAUUAGAUCCAUUUCUGCAGAACUUACUGUACAGUUUAGUUGGAGUGUAGCACUGAAGAACUGUCAGCUCAGCGUUGACUGAGGAGAUAGUGAAAAUAGCCUAUACACAGCAUCUUGUGAAAAGUACUGGCAGCCGUGGUUGCAGCAAAUAAUAGGGCGAAAAAAAUAAUAACAGGGUGGUCGGUUCCCUUUCAUCUCCCUCUUCUGAAAGGAAAAAAUUGAAUUGGAACGUUCAAGUCCAGUUUGUGUUCAGUCAUAAAACUGGGCCAGUUGUUAACCUUACAGAAUGAGUCAUGUGGCCAGACCUUCAAGUCCAAGGCCUUCAGACACUAAGGAUGGGAAAAUGGGUAUUUUUCUUUGGAGAAAAGCUGGAAAUAUAAACAUGGCAUUUUUAGGUAAAGUUUCUUCCACUAGUUGAAUUUUCAUGCAGAUAUUUUUCCUUAACGUUGGUGCCAGUCAAGCAAAGAGUAUUAUGAUGGAAAAGACCAGUCCAAGCCCCAUCGCUCCGGAGUGGGAGCCAGUGUUCUUGCUAAUUGUUUCUUUCUGCACUAACCACUCAGAUGUCUAAUUUAAUUGUUUUGCAGUCAAAUACUGGAUUUAUAACCUUCAGGGCUAACAUGCUGCCCAGUUUGCUUCAUCGGGAGAAUAGCAACAGGUAGACACAUCUCAAGGCGAAAUCUGCUCAUGUCGCCACUGCUCUCAUAAUGACACACAUGCAGUAAGAAGACUUUUGUAAGGGGAUUUGAGUACACCCAAAUGAAAUUGUGACAGGAUGUUUGUAUGGUUAACAUCUGAUAUCAGAAUGUUAAAAGUGCCUUCUGUCUUAAAUCUCAAACCAAAUAUUUUGCGUGUUGACCUUGGGCAGAAGAAGUGUCCUUCCCUCCUUUCUUCACCGUCAGGUAGAAAACCUGCACUCUGCAGAAGGGUCCUGUGUGAUCACUUAAUCCUCUGGUUGAGAAGCAGCAGUAAUGUUUUUGCUUCCAACCUGAUUAAUCAUUUUAUGUUAAAAAUAGUCAAUGAGACCAGUAUCUCUUGAGUGCUUUAUUUGCCUUCUCUUUGAAGGGAGGGGACGGGCUCUGCUCUGUAAACUCAAAUGUGUAGAGUCAGCAACAAUUCCGUAGCUUCCAACUGACUCAGAAUUGAUGCAACGUAGGUCUUCUGGCCCGAGGCAGGUAUCAAGUCCAAAUCGUAAUGAACUUUUCACCAGUUUCAACCAGUUUCUUAAAAGAGAGCUUAAGUCAAGAUUUCAUCAAGACUUGUGUUUUCCCAUGAAUGUGAAUCUUUCAAUGGCUGUUGGAGUAUGUAUGUACUGUUCUUGCAUUCUGAAGUAGUUAAAGAACUCUAGAAAGUACUGAUUGGCCAUCUGGUGUCUAUGGAGAAAGAAGUCCUCACGUUUGAGGGCUGUACAGUGAGGCCAUCUUGUAGCAGCGCAUCCAGCUCUACCAAGGCAGUCCUCUGGUUCUUUUUUCUAAGCUACAGUGGAAAUGGCCUAAUGGUUAAAACUGUGGUAUACAUAACAUCGGUUGUGCUAAACAAGUUCGUGUCCCAAUAUCCAAUGGUUUUUCAUCCUAUUUUGUAUCAGUCAACAGAGUAUAGUUAAAGCUUGUCUUGAUGUUGCAUUCUUGCAAAUAUCUUCAACUCUUACCUGAGAAAACAUGGGAAAAUGGUCAGCCAGACCCUUCCAGUUUUUCCUUUGCUUUUCUAAGCCUCGGGGAAACCACUGUUUCAGUUGUAUAAAAACUUUUGCCACAUUCCUAUGGCCCAGUCGAAUUAAUACCCUUUUUCUCACUGAGAGAGGAACAUGUACUGCCUGUCAUGACAGCAUUGUAAUGCCAGUGUCUCAGUAACAGAAUCCUGGUGGGUGUUAAUUGGGUGUUUUUUGCCCUGGAGAAUUCAGAUUCCUUUCUAUACCUCCGAUUCUGCCCAGAAGAGGGGGGGAAUCACCAGUGUUACAAAAUUAGAAGAUUGUUUUGCCUGUUUUAGACUGAAUAUUUGAACACUGCAGCAUUACUAGCCACCAGUGUUAAAGGACAGACAAGGGGAAACAUUUGUUUUUAGCAGUAAUUCCAUGCUUCAUCUUUUUUAAGUGAUUUGUUCCAAAUGAAGCCAUUUAUUGACUUGAUGUUCACAAAUAUCAUUUGAAGAAAUAACAGGAAUUGGGGUUAGAUGAUAAAUUCUAGGGAAUCUAGGUGAUUUGGAGGAUUUCAUUUGUUUUGCAUUACAGCUAGUUGCUCUCACUAAAGGUAAAUUUCCGGUGAAAUAACUCAGGUUUAACUAGCUGUGUGCCCAGAAUCACUGUUCCUUCAUACAUGUGUCCUCUCCUUAAAUUCAUUACUUUCAAAUGAUGUUCAAAGCAUUGACUAUUUUCAUUCAAAGAAACUACAUUCGGCCGGGCACGGUGGCUCACGCCUAUAAUCCCAGCACUUUGGGAGGCCGAGGUGGGUGGAUUACCUAAGGUCAGGAGUUCAAGACCAUCCUGGCCAGCAUAGUGAAACCCCAUCUCUACUAAAAAUACAAAAAUUAGCCAGGCGCAGUGGCACACCCCUGUAAUCCCAGCUACUCGGGAGGCUGAGGGAGGAGAAUUGCUUGAGCCCAGGAGACAGAGGUUGCAGUGAGUCAAGAUCGUGCCGCUGCACUCCAGCCUGGCCAACAGAGUGAGACUGUCCCAAAAAAAAAAAAAAAAAGAGAGACUGCAUUCAAAGAGGACCAAGACUACAGUGAAAUUAACUGUUUGCUGGCUGGGCAUGGUGGCUCACACCUGUAAUCCCAGCACUUUGGGAGGCCGAGGCGGUUGGAUCACCUGAGGUCAGAAGUUCGAGAUCAGCCUGACCGACAUAGUGGAACCGUCUUUACUAAAAAUACAAAAAUUAGCUGGGCAUGGUGGCGGGCACCUGUAAUGCCAGCCCCUCCAAAGGCUGAGGCAGGAGAAUUGCUUGAACCCAGUAGGUGGAGGUUGCAGUGAGCCACAGUUGUGCCAUUGCACUCCAGCCUGGGCAAUGAGUGAAACUCUGUCUCAAAUAAAAAAAUAAAAAUAAAAACUAUUUGUUGACUUUUGUUUUUCAUUUAGUUUUGGAAAAGACUAUUUGCAAAAGUACAGAGUUAUCUUCAGCAAUUACUUCAUAACUUAGAUUGGUACCAAGAGUGACAGGAGAUCUUGUCUUGGAAGAUCAUUAUUAGAUGCCAACAAGGAGACCCACUGUGAUUUCUGGUAACCUAUUUGGGGAAAAAGACCUAAUGACCUAAUAUGCAAUUUCUGUCCUCAUGUCUUUUUCUCUAACACACAGGCAUGGGUGAAACAUUUCAGACACCUCAGGCAGCACUUAUGGUUUCUAAUUGUGAGAACUACCCUUCCAUCAAACAAAAGGGGCAAGGGUGGGAGCCCCGGCUACUUGGUUAAACAUUUUUUACUACAAAUUCGCCCAGAAAAGGUGAAAUAUUUUGUUAUAAAACUGUAUUAAGCAUGGCCUAAGUAUUAGGUAUAUGAUCUGUGUAGUAUGUUCCAUCAGAAAUAUUUCUUACUAGUGCUUUAAGCUCCAGAGUAAACAGUCAUUUAAAAUGGAGUUCACUGGGCAGGUUUCCCCUUUAAUCUAGAUAGAAAUACUCUUUAUCAGAGAUUUAAGGCACUGUUUUGCUAACUGGUAAAUAAAACCAAAUGUAAAUAUGUAAGAAUGUUUAUUUGUUGCACAUAACUUUUUUGGUAUAAAAUAAAUGUAGAAGUUACCUGUGGAA